AUGGGUGACUAUACACCAGAUUUGGCUGAUGCUGCGGUGCCAACACUUGCUGGAAAGCAAGUUGAACCCACCAAUGUCAAGCCUCCAAGCGGUGUUCUAUAUCACCAGCUCCGCAGAGAGCCUUUGAACAUCGUCGGGGGAAGAGGCAGUUACCUCAUUACUGACACCGGCAUGGAAAUCCUGGAUGCAACAUGCGGUGCAGCAGUGUCUUGUCUGGGACACAGUGACGAGCGCGUACACGACGCAAUACUGGAACAACUCAAGAAGAUUCCGUACUGUUACUCUAUGUACUUCACAAACAGUGCUGCAGAGAGUCUAUCCAAGUUUUUGGUCGACUCCACUGGCGGCAAGAUGUCUCGUGCUUAUAUUGUCAGCUCGGGUACUGAAGCGGUCGAAGCAGCCGUCAAAAUGGCCAUCCAGUAUUUUACUGAGCUUCCAGUACCCCAGCCUCAGCGGGUGAAUAUUAUCUCUCGGAAGUCGUCCUACCAUGGUAAUACACUGGGAUCCCUUGCUGUUGGACAUCAUGCUUCGCGGCGGAGGAUCUAUGAGAGUCUUCUUUCAAAGAAUGUGCACCACAUCUCCCAGUGCUAUCCCUACCGGGGAAUGAAGACCAAUGAGAGUGUCGAGGACUAUGUUGCGAGAUUGGCUCAAGAAUUAGACGACGAAUUCCAGCGACUUGGUCCUGACACUGUCUGCGCUUUCGUGGCAGAAACGAUGACCGGAGCUACGCUCGGCUGUGUACCUCCACUACCCGGCUAUCUCAAGGCAAUGAAGACAGUCUGCGACAAACACGGAGCCCUGCUCAUCUUGGACGAAGUUAUGUCCGGCAUGGGCCGCACAGGAACUCUCCACGCCUGGGAACAAGAAGAUGUGGUUCCCGAUCUUCAGACAAUCGCCAAGGGUCUGGGUGCAGGAUACGCACCUAUUGCCGGUCUCCUCAUUAACAAGCAUGUCGUCGACACACUCAGCAACGGAACGGGCGCUUUCGUUCACAGCCAGACAUAUCAAGGUCACCCUGUUUCCUGUGCAGCUGCUUAUAAAGUACAGCAAAUCAUCAAAGAAGAUAACCUGUUACCGAAUGUUCGUGCCAUGGGCGAGUAUCUUGGUCAGAGGCUUCAUGAGCGGCUGGAUGGUCAUUCUCAUGUCGGUGAUAUUCGUGGCCGGGGUCUAUUCUGGGCUAUGGAGUUCGUUCAGGAUAAGGCGACGAAGGAGCCGUAUCCGCCAUCCAAGGCGCUCUCUUGGACUCUUCAUACCACGGGUCUUAAAUCUGAGUAUUCGAUCUCUCUGAUGCCUGGUAGUGGCGGCAUUGAUGGCGUUAACGGCGAUCAUAUUAUUUUGGCGCCUCCUUAUAAUACUACUCGGGCUGAGAUUGACUUGAUGGUUGAUCUGACUGUUCGGGUUAUUCAAGAGGUGUUGGGAGAGUAG